AUGAAUGCACAAAAGGGUUGUGAGCGCAGCACUGAAAGGUCCUUUGAGACGCAGUCCAUAACGGAGGAAAAUUGUGGGCAACAGUCGCAGUAUUUGAAUACAAAGGAAAGCUCACCUUUGUCAGCAUUCCAACUCCUUGGGAAGCUGAAGGCCGUUAUUAAUGAGGUGGCGUUGGCUUUAGAGAACCCUGCAAAAGCGCUUUCGGUGGACGACUGCAUCAGUAUCACGGAAGAGGGAUUGCGGGCUUUUAAAACCAUUAAAGUUGGCCGAAGGAUUGAUGGCCGUCGGCAACUGAACUUGAACUCCAGUCGCCUGAGUGGGGCUUCGCCGACGAAUCGUGAGGUGGGCGACGGUGAUCAUGCUGAGAGUGACGCCGCGUUGUCGUCGAGGCGGCAGCAUCUGUGCUCACCAAACAGCAAAAAAGUUUCUCCGAAAAGAAUGGAGAGUGAGUACCAGCGACGCGACGGGAUUGAGGCGGCUCGGCAGGCUUCGGCUCUCCGCAGCGAGGAGCGGCAACGCAA